AUGGAGCUUUACUGCCUGGAGUCGGACCUAGCCGUGAGAGCCCAGCCUGACCUAAACAUCCUCUGUGAUGACAGAGUGUUGCAGAGUUUAUUAACAAUCGAGGACAGAUUUUUACCUCAGUGUUCGUAUUUCCAGCGGGUUCAGAAGGAUAUUCAGCCUUAUAUGAGACGAAUGGUUGCAGGCUGGAUGCAUGAGGUGUGUGAAGAGGAGAAGAGCAAUGAAGACGUCUUUCCUUUAGCUAUUAAUUAUUUGGACAGAUUUUUAGCAGUGAUGCCCACAAGAAAGAGUUACUUGCAGCUUCUGGGAGCUGUGUGCAUGUUUCUGGCCUCCAAGCUAAAGGACUGCAGGCCCAUAUCAGCAGAGAAACUUUGCAUGUACACAGAUAAUUCAUUCUCACCACGGGAACUGCUGGACUGGGAACUGGUUGUGCUGGGGAAAUUGAAGUGGAACAUGGCCUCUGUCAUCCCCAAUGAUUUUGUAGAGCACAUCCUACGAAGGCUGCCCCUCCCCAAAGAAAAGGUGGUGAUGGUCCGCAAGCACACACAGACGUUCAUCGCCCUCUGCGCCACAGAUGACCGCCUUGCUAUGAACCCUCCUUCUAUGAUAGCCUCUGGCAGCAUGGGAGCCGCUAUCUGUGGCCUGCAGUUGGACCACACUGACCAGAAGCUGAGUCGAGACAACCUGACAGACCUGCUGGCCAAGAUCACCAACACUGAGGUGGAUUGUUUGAAGGCCUGCCAGGAACAAAUAGAGCGUGUGCUGACCACCAGCCUGCAGCAGGGGCAGCAGUACCGGCAGGAGACCAGCGUCCGGGCCGGCAGCAAGGCGAGGGAGCAGCAAGACCAGUCCAGCACCCCGACAGACGUGCGCGACAUCAACUUAUGAGCUCCCGACGCCACCGGACUCGCACAACACUCAUGUUUGCCAGCCAAUGAACUGACAGGAGUGAGGGCUUGUGAGCUGCCAGUAGAUCUGCAUCAAGUCACCACCUACACCCCCACCCCCUGUUGAGUGAUGGUGUGACAAUCGAUGAACUUUUAGAAGUUUCUAGUUUUUCU